UUAAAGUUAUUUUUUUUGCUAAGACAUCAGUUUGUUGCUGUGUUAAACCAGUUAAAAAGAGAGGACAAAUUCUUCUUUACGGUUCAAAGCAACAGCUACCAAAUAAAGACAGAAAACAGAACAUAGCCAGGGACAAAGAUCUAUAACGGAGAGCCCUUUGCUUUGCCCACGGUGCCCUUGUACAAUUCUCCAGCUUAUCACUACUCAGGUACACAACUAGUUGUCAAUGCUUCGAUAAUCUCAAGUGUCGAGCUAAACUACUCUCAAUCCGCCAGGUAUAAUCAUAAAGACGAUCAUAUGGAACAGAAUUGGUACCUGUUUUACAGUUCACAAUUCCCCACCCUCUUCCUAUGUGACGGUACUCCCCAUAAGGUCUCCUUACCCUUAACAAAUCCAUGCCACGAACAGCUCAUCUCUAUUUGGCCCAAUUUUGGCGAGAGAAUCUGCACAAUUAUUUGCUUCCCUAAUAAUAUUCCAGUAAAGAACACUUCCAAAGUUUCCAUGGCCCUUUGCAAGGGUUCAGGACCCAAUGAACUGCUACUAUUGAGUCCGAUCCGAUGAUAAGUGCUCUCUUAUCCAAAUGGUGACUGGCUGAAGACUUGGAGGCCUGUUUUGGAAGCAUAAAGUUCAGCGAAAUUGGAAUCACUUACUCGGAUAGUACCCGAAAUCAGUCUCAGCAUAUGGCCCUCUGCAUCUCUGAUAACUCCCCCUUGAAGUCAAGUAAGAAGAAUUUCGGCAAAAACUCUGCAUCUCACUAUAAAAACAUUUGCCAGUUUUUGCCCCAAUAAACUUCAACUCCUUAAACCAACUAAACAAGACUCUUUUAACCUUGCUACCCUUGCCGUCUUCCCAUACCAGCCAACACUUAAAAAGAGUACCUCCAUUAAUACAACCACUAUGGUUUUGCUAGGGCCAGAAGAUUCUUCAUGUAAUAAGAACGUGGAUCACCGCCUCGUUCGGAAAAACACCACCGUUUCACCUCCUAUUGCUGAGCCGAGAAGAAAGAACUUUCCACCUGCUUUAACGGAAGCAGAGUUGAUAUCGGUAUUUAGGCGCUUUGAUGGUGACAGAGACGGCUGCCUCAGCUGGCAAGACCUUAAGAAUGCGUUCCACAGCAUAGGUUCCCGGUUUCCAUCAUAUCGAGCUCUCACGGCGCUUUGUCAGGCUGAUAAAAAUCGAGACGGAUACAUAAGCGAGGACGAGAUGGAUGACCUUAUUCAGUAUGCUUUCAGUUGUGGGUAUUAUGCUUGGUAGAAUCACCUAAUUCUUCAUACAAG